AUGGUGUCGUGCUUCCUGCGGUGUGUGACAGUUUGUUUGUUGCAGUACCUGGGCUCGUUCCCGGCGGGCGGCGGCGAGCACGCGGCGCGAGUGGACACCGUGUCGCGGAGGCUGCAUCUCAUGAAGGAAAGCGCGCACGCUGUACCGGUGCUGGUUGUGAUCGCACUCACGGGGGUCAAGGUAUGCGACCCCAACGAUCAGAGCGUGCGCAUGUCGCACGCGCUGCGGCGGAUAUCGUACGCGACGUGUGAGGCGGCGCGCGCGCUGUUCGCGUUCGUAGCGCGCGAGCCGCGCUGCGAGCCUGCGCCGCAGCUCUGCUACUGCCACGCCUUCGAGACCGACACGCCCGCGCAGGCGGAGGAACUGAACGCGCUGGUGGGCGAUGCGUUCCGGAUGGCGUUCGCCUCGCAGCUGCAACCCUCCGCGCCCCUCUGGAGCAAAGAGCUAGGCGGCUCCUGCACGCGAGCUCCUGACUCUCUCCCGGGCCUGACGCAUCACUACCCACAUCGCCUUGACAGAUCCCCAACACAAUGCGACAUAAUGGGCGGCUCGAAGCUGGACCCGUGCGAAGCGAGCGAGGCCAGCGAGGCCAGCGAGGCCAGCCCCAGCUCGUCCGAGGAGUGGAACUCGCCCGCCGAGCUGAGCUGCUACCGGCGCCUGGGCGAGCGCCUGGAGCGCCUGGAGCGGCCGCCGCUCAUGAGGCGCCUCGCGCUCGGCCUCAGCGGCGCCCUGCUGCAGCCCUCCGACGACGACGCCACGCCGCUCGUCACCGACACGCCCACCACCCCCACAAACGCACCGCUGUGUCUGAAUGGCGGGUACAUCAACGAGGCGUCCGAGGCAGAGGCGAGGACGCGGGAGAGCAAUCGUGCCCGCCUCGAUACACUGCCCUGCAGUGACCUCGACAAAGAAUUUAGGAAGUGCAACAAUAUUAGCAAUGGUCCCAGCACGGGUAGCGGAGCUACUUCGUCGUCAUCAGGAGAGUCAUCUUGCGGAGCGUCGCGCAACUCAGGAAACAAUAAUGCGCGACCGCUGGAGCCCGAACUUAGGCACGCGCCGUGGUUCCAGCAAGGAAUUCCUAGAGAGAUCGCGCUGGAGGUGCUGGGCGCGCAGGCGCCGGGCGCGUUCCUGGUGCGCGGGAGCACCACGCAGCGCGGCUGCCUGGCGCUGUCGCUGCGCGUGCCGCGCGACUUCGCGCCGCACGGCCUGGCGCACUACCUCAUCCUGCGCACGCCCAAGGGAUACAAGAUCAAGGGCUUCACCAAGGAGUUCGGCUCGCUGGCGGCGCUGGUGACGCACCACAGCGUCAUGCCCGAGCUGCUGCCCGUGCCGCUGCGCCUGCCGCGGGCGCCGCGCGCGCGCGCCGAGCUGGAGCCGCUCGAGCGCCUGGCGCCGCCCCCGCCGCACGCGCCGCCCGCGCCGCACAACGGCUACCGGCCGCAGCUGGACGUAUGA